AGAUAUGUAGUUGACUGGUGGGGGUGUACGAUGACAGUAUUUGUUAGAGAUCCUUGUGGUAUUGUAUGUAUUUUGAUGACAUAUGUGGCUGUGCUUUAUGCAGAUUACGUAGUAGUAAGAUGGAUUAUUCUACAGACUAUGCAAAACAGUCUUUGGGGACCAUUCCAUGUUGUACUCUUCAAUACAAUUGUUUUUCUGCUUGGGAUGGCACAUUUGAAAGCAGUUUGUUCGGACCCUGGCGUUGUUCCGUUACCUCAGAACAGAGUCGAUUUUUCUGACAUUCAUUCAGGGUCACAGAAUUCACUACAGCGAGAGGAUUGGACUGUGUGUACAAGAUGUGAAACCUACCGACCACCAAGAGCGCAUCACUGUCGAAUUUGCAAACGUUGUAUACGCAGAAUGGACCAUCAUUGUCCAUGGAUAAAUAAUUGUGUUGGAGAGCAAAACCAGAAGUAUUUCAUCCAGUUCCUGGUUUACGUUGGUGCCCUAGCAGCGUAUGCAAUUAUUCUUGUGAUAGUUUCAUGGGUAAUGGAUUGCCCAGAAUGCAGUAAUGAAGUGACAGUAAAGCAGAGUAGAAUCUUACACUGUGUGAUACUUGUGGUGGAAAGUGCCCUGUUUGGAAUGUUUGUGUCUGCAAUCUUGGUGGAUCAGUUUCAAGCGAUAUUCAGUGAUGAGACAGCAGUGGAACAGGUGCAGCAGCAGGGUCCAUAUAGACCCCAUAAACACAAAUGGGCACUUCUCACAGAAGUGUGCGGCCGCAGUCAUCCUAUCUUUUGGCUGCUGCCGUGUGCCAGUGUACCUAAACACUUGGAAGAGCCAUUGCUCAACCACACUGUCUGAAAUUGUGUGUACUGUGACGUGAAGUGAACUGGAUAUUUGUUAUGUUGCUUUAUAAUUUAAAUUUGCCGGGUGAUUGCAGUGAUAAUCUCGAGCAUAUUUCAUUAACUGGAUGAAUAAUGUUUUAAAAGUGCUAUUGUGAGUCAUAUGGCUGAGAGUAUAUUAAGAUUUUAAUUUGUUAUUAUCAUUUGUGAUGUGAUCCAAAUGGUUUUUUAAUUUCUUUGUAUGCGAAGGAGUCAAGAUAAUCCUUUUUUAUUUAUUAAUGUUGUUAAUAAGUUACAUUUAUUUAUUGUUUUAUAGCACAUUGUGAUAUAAUGUUGCCUUGAUGUGUAACUUGGAACAAGGUAACUAAAAGUUUCCAGGAGAGAUGAUCGGUUUGUAUUAACGUGUCAUGAAUUCAUGAGCUAAAACAGUGAA